CUCGCCGCUGCUAGCUGCUGCGUUCACGGCCAGCCUUGCCUCUCGGCUGCGCUGUGACGUCGUUUCUAAUUUCCACCAUCGGGAUCUCUGCUGCCAGAGCCCGGCCAAGGCCUUCACGAAUCGACCGUUAAGCACCGUUGGCUUUUGGCAGAGUGGCUUCUUGUUCGGUUUCUAUCGUUUUGUUACACCGUUAGACCGCAUUGCUUAAGAAACAUGUCAGAAAAGCCUCCGCUGGAUGUGCCAGGGCCGCGGGGGGACAUGCGAGCUCAACUGAAGCAUUUCACCCCCGAGUCGGUUUAGUUCGGUGUAAUAUGUCACAUAUAUCAGUAAAAGUACACCUAAUUGACCCAGGUUGUCUCCUUUUGAGAUAUAAUAUCGAUAAACACGCCAGCCUAGCGGCGGAUUAAUGUAGUUUAAUACCGCAGUAAGCUAACUUGCGUGCUAGCUGAGCUCGCGCUGGUUGCAUUUCCACCCAUCCCCCGUCUCUACAACCAAAAACAAUGGCGGAAACCAGUUAGCCGUUUAGCUGACCAGUUACCUGGAUCUUAACGUCAUGCGUGUGUGUUCCAUUGUUUUGUUUAUCACCAACGAAUAUUUAGAAAUCUAUAAACACCUGGUCGACCUCGUGACAUGGUAGAUCAAGCUACACGUUAGCAAACGUCAGAUCAAUACUAGACCAUGAGAAGACAGAGGACUGAAGUAGUGGUGGAACUCAGAAAGAACAAGAGGGAUGAACACCUUCUGAAGAGGAGAAACGUGCCUCAUGAGGACAUCUGUGAGGACUCCGACGUCGAUGGAGAUUUCAGAUCACAAAACACCUCUCUUGAAGCAAUAGUACAAAAUGCCACCAGUGAUAACCAGGGCAUCCAGCUGAGUGCUGUUCAGGCUGCACGGAAGCUGUUGUCCAGCGACCGUAAUCCUCCCAUAGAUGACCUGAUCAAGUCUGGGAUCCUUCCCAUCCUGGUCCACUGCCUGGACCGAGAUGACAACCCGUCUCUCCAGUUCGAGGCAGCCUGGGCUCUAACCAACAUAGCAUCAGGAACCUCAGAGCAGACCCAAGCUGUGGUUCAGUCCAAUGCCGUGCCGCUGUUCUUGAGGCUGCUUCACUCUCCUCACCAGAACGUGUGUGAACAGGCCGUCUGGGCUCUGGGCAACAUCAUCGGUGAUGGUCCACAGUGCAGAGACUACGUGAUCAGCUUGGGAGUGGUGAAGCCCCUGCUGUCGUUCAUCAGUCCCUCCAUCCCCAUCACCUUCCUCCGCAACGUCACCUGGGUCAUGGUCAACCUGUGCCGUCACAAGGACCCCCCACCGCCAAUGGAGACUAUCCAGGAGAUCCUGCCAGCUCUCUGCGUGCUGAUCCACCACACUGAUGUCAGUAUCCUGGUGGACACCGUGUGGGCUCUGUCCUACCUAACAGACGCCGGAAAUGAGCAAAUCCAGAUGGUCAUCGAGUCCGGCAUCGUCCCUAACCUGGUCCCUCUGCUCAGUCACCAGGAGGUCAAAGUUCAGACCGCUGCCCUGAGAGCUGUUGGGAACAUCGUGACUGGUACUGAUGAACAGACGCAGGUGGUGCUCAACUGUGACGCCCUCAGCCAUUUCCCAGCACUCCUCACUCACCCGAAGGAGAAAAUCAACAAGGAGGCAGUGUGGUUCCUGUCCAACAUCACGGCAGGCAACCAGCAGCAAGUGCAGGCUGUCAUCGAUGCCAAGCUGGUCCCCAUGAUCAUCCACCUGCUCGACAAGGGAGAUUUUGGGACUCAAAAGGAAGCCGCCUGGGCCAUCAGCAACCUGACGAUAAGUGGAAGGAAAGAUCAGGUGGCACACCUCAUUGAGAAGCAAGUGAUCCCUCCUUUCUGCAACCUGCUGACAGUGAAGGAUGCUCAAGUCGUGCAGGUUGUCCUCGACGGUCUCAGCAACAUCCUCAAGAUGGCCGACGACGAAGCGGAAACCAUUGCUAAUCUCAUCGAGGAAUGUGGAGGUUUGGAAAAAAUUGAACAGCUGCAGAAUCAUGAAAAUGAAGACAUCUACAAACUGGCUUAUGAAAUUAUAGAUCAGUACUUCUCAUCCGAUGAUAUCGACGAGGACACCAGCCUGGUUCCAGAGGCCAUCCAGGGCGGAACCUACAGCUUUAACUCCGCCAACGUGCCAGCUGAGGGGUUCCAGUUCUAGACGUCACCCGGGCUUAUUCUGGAGUUUUGUUCACGAUGCAGCACUCUGUUCAACAUAAAACAAAUUGGGGAGAGAGAGAGCGAGAGAGAGCGAGUGUGAGAAUUUCGAUCCAUUGUGCUUGGCUCGUGGGAUCCAUGGCUGCAUCUUAUCUGAGAGAAAAAAAUAUGUGGAUUUCAUUUGGCAUUCCAGGGGAAGCAGCCCAAAUGAAGUUUGAGAUGGCGAGUGGGUGCGAGUGAGAAUGAGUGGCUACAUGUUGCUAGAAUAAAAAGAAAACAGUAAACAUCUACAUCAAACGCGUCGAGAGCGAGACGCAGACGUAACUUCUGCCAUUGGAGCCAUCGUCUUUGGGAAACUACUUCAACAAAAGACAAAUCAAACAAAAAUAAACUCAACAUCUGUCCAGGGAGAACCGAGGACAUUCAAACAUACGGAAUCAAGAAACGAACUGAGAUGAACCACAAACCAUCACAAUUCUGCAGUCCUCCAACGCGAGAGGGCGCCACCCUCGAUGCGCCCCUCCCUCAAUCGGCCACGUUUUGUGACUUGUGUGUGAAUGGACCCAUUUGUGUAUGAAUGUCUGGACUCAGUGCUGAGGAGCCAGGUUCAUCUCCUCCCAACGAAACGCCCCGACUGGGCACCCUCCCCUCCCCUCUCUGGAGGGCGGGGCCAGGAGUCCGGCUGAACGUGUCGCAUGUGCGAGAGAAUGGACGGAUGAGGUGUGUGUGCGCUUGGCUGCGUGCGUGAAUGGGGAGUGUGCGAGGCUGGGUGAAAAACGCAUGCAGAGACGAGGGAAAAAAAACGUCAAAACAUGUGAAACAAAAUUGAGAAACGCAACAAUCCGUUUAGCAAAGGUUGCAGGAAAGAAAUUCUGCCUUCGAUCGAGGCUGAUUCUCAAAUGUCUGAAAGGAAGAACUUUGGAUUUAUUAAAAAGUCAUCAAGGAUUAUAUUUUCUGUUUUGAAUUAAUGUUAAUUUAGUAUUAAUUGACACUGGACAAUGUUUAUGGCAGGUGUGGAGCAGCAGUGCAUUGGAUUAAGAUGCUUUUGGGCUUUUCUUUUUGCCUCCAGUGUGUUUCUUUUUUAUUUUUAAUUUUUACUUUAAUUUUCAGCUUUUAGUUUCACUGCUUCUGUAAAGGUGAACGAUCAUAUUCCAUCCUUCUGCCCAGACCCUAUCCUGAACACCUGACAUGGGCUUGAUGCUGUGAAAGUUUGACCCCCCCCCCCCCCCCCCUCCAUCACCAGUCAACCAAAUGACCCGUUCCUCUCACAAAACCACGUUCCUCAGCCUUUACAGCAACACCACUGCUUUUGCAGUACGGCUGCAGCAGCUUUCAUAACCACAGGAGAGGAAAACCACGGCCAUCCUGCGUAGAAUUGUGAAUCCUCCCCUUUGCAUGUACUAAACAACAGCACAGUUAUUUUUUAGGGUAUUUUAGUUCCCUUAGGCUGUGAAUACAGUGUAAUUUUUUUAUUUUAAGUAAAGCUGUGCUUAAAUGUUACAUGUUUCCCUUUCCCUGACUCCUCACUGUUGUCCGGUUUGCUAAAUAAUUAUUGUUUUGCACAUGUAUUGCAAAGUGAGGCCUGAAGUCUUUCUGAAGGUGUUGCUGCUGGUGGGUUUAAUAUGUUUUGACCUGCCCAGACACCCUUACAUUUAAGCAUCACUCAGCCACAGUCUGUGUUUUCUGGAAUGAUCCAAUGAUAACAUUUAGUGAUACUCGAGACAAUAAUGAGUUUAUUUCAGGAGCAGCGGUAGUGAAUCUAAUGUAUCUCAGCUUCACUGGAAGGGGAUUUAACCUCCCUGUUCACGGUCAAAGGUGUCCCAUGCGUCAGACUGGAGAUGUUCUAAUGGGGGUUUCCUGAAUCGUAAAUAAACCCAUGAACAGGUUUGCUGUAAUUGUAGUACCUUGCAGAGUCUUUAGCCCUUUUUUGCUCCUACAAGCUAAGUGUACAAGCUUACCCUCAUGUUUAUUUUUCUGUUCACUUCAAACACUAGUGAUGAUUACACAUUGUGCUCAAAACCUUUUGUUGAACAUAGGGGUACUUUUUUGUUUUAUUUUAUUUUUUUGCAGCAUUCCUUGUUAGCAAAGUGGUUUCAAAUCAAAAAUUAUGACCUGGAAGGAAUAGAAAAAGCCUAUAAAACCUUUCAGGGGAUGUUGGCUACCGGCUAAGUUGUCUUUAAGAAAAAUAAAUAGUGAAACACAAA